AUGUCGGCAAUCAAUUCGACUACUGUUGAAGCGCUGUUGAAGCCUUCUCCGUCUCAAAUCACCACCAUGUAUGUCAUGGCUGGGUAUACGCUAGGGAUCAUGAUCCUUUGGCACAUUCCCUACCUCAAAGAGCUUCUCUGGCCAUUCAAGAUUAUGACUGUUGCAUUGCACGAGUUUGGCCAUGCAUCUGCGGGGGUAUGUACAGGAGCCAAGGUCGAAUCCAUCACUUUGAAUCCUGAUGAAGGUGGUUUGACAAAAAUGCGCGGCGGAAAUCCCUACAUCACCCUUCCUGCAGGAUAUAUUGGCAGUGCAUUUUGGGGAUCCUUGAUGAUUUUUUCUGGAUUCAAUACAACGGCAUCUAAAGUCGUCGCUGUAAUCAUUGGUUUAAUCAUGCUUGCGACUCUUUUUUGGGCUAAAAAUUGGCUCACAAGGGGUAUUACGAUUGGAUUGAUUGGAGUUAUUGCUAUUCUAUGGUGGUUUAGAGACGCCGAGUAUUUGCGAUAUUUUUCAUUGUUUUUGGGUGUAAUGAGUGCUUGUUAUUCCCUUUGGGAUAUUGUUGAUGAUUUGAUCAAGCGGAGAGUAAAUGAGAGCGAUGCGUCGCAAUUUUCACGACUUUGCUGCGGCGGGUGUCUUCCUCCUCAAGCCUGGGGUUUUAUCUGGCUUUUAUUUUCAUUCAUCUUUGUUGCUGCAGCAGUCAUUGGUGCUCUUGUUGCAUUCAAGGAAACCUAAUAUCAUUUUUUCUAAUUAUAUCAGUGUGCUUUGUAAAUAUUGUCUUCGAGUUUAGUCUUCAUCUGUUGGGGAUUUAGAAUGUGUGAAAUUCGACAGGUGUUGGUAGAUAGGUUUCAGAAACACUAAUAGCAUCACUUUAGGAUCGAUUGUUUUAGGUUAGCAGACUAAAUGUAACGCUGAAGAGCUCCAAAUGAAUGACCUGUAUAUUGAAUUGAAUGGAUCAACUGGCCGUGCCAACAAGUCAGAUUGCCGCUGUGAUAAAUGAGACAAUAAAUACUUGUCAUUCAAAUCAACAAUCU